CUUCAAACCCUUCCCGGGGAUGCGAGCACGCAAGAGCUCCAGCCUCUCCAACGUCCUGGAUGAGAGCAGCUACCAGGAUGUGCUGCCCAGUGACAACGUCUCCAACACCAGCAACCCCCAGCAAAUGCCCGAGGAGGAGCUGUGCAACCUCUUGACCAACAUCAUCUUCUCGGUGACCUGGCGCGGGGUGGAGGGCUGGGACGACGCCGCGUGGAGGGAACGCGGGCAGGUCUUCUCCGUCCUCACCAAGCUGGGCACAGCGUGUGAGCUGGUGCGGCCCCCCGAUGAGAUCAAGCGCAGCCUGCUGGAGAUGAUGCUGGAGUCGGCGUUGACGGAUCUGAAGGAGUCGGGGCCGGCCGCCCUGCCCGGUCUCGCCCACAACGCCCUCAAGCUGCUGCGGCUGCUCCAGGAUUUCUUAUUCUCCGAGGGACACAACAACCAGGCUCUGUGGAGCGAGAAGAUCUACGAGGGGCUGAGCAGUCUGCUGGACAAGCUGGGUGUCUGGUACCACCUGGCCAACGGCACCUCCGACCUCAAGGAGAUGGCCCAGACGGGUCUACGCAUCCUCGUGGGCUACAUCAUGCUGCAGGACCCUCAGCUGCACUCGUUGGCCUACGUGAAGCUGCACAGCCUGCUGCAGACCGCCUCAGCCCCCAAAAAGGACGAGGCUUGCUAUCUCCUGGGCAAGCUAGAGACCCCGCUGCGCCGCUCGCUGGACACCAAGUCGGAGACCUUCUCCUGGUUGGUGCCCAUCGUCCGUACGCUCAUGGACCAGUGCUACGAGACCCUGCAGCUGCAGCUCUUCCUGCCCUCGCUGCCUCCCACCAACGGCAGCCCCACUUUCUACGAGGACUUCCAGCUCUUCUGCACCACCGCGGAGUGGAGGGGCUUCAUCGAGAAGCACGUGCAACCCACCAUGGCCCAGUUUGAGAUGGACACCUUCGCCAAGAGCCACGACCACAUGUCCAAUUUUUGGAACGCCUGCUACGACGCCAUGAUGAGCAGCUCCCAGCGGCGGGAGCAGGAGAAGGCGGCGAGCCGCAAGAUGUUCCAGGAGCUGGUGCUGGAGCCGGCAGCCAAACGUUCCAAGGCGGAAAACGCCCGACACGCCAACGUGCUCAAGCAGGCCAACAACCACCACAGCACCGUGCUGAAGCAGUGGCGGUCCCUGUGCCGCCUCCUCACCUCACCCCGCUCCGCCUGGGCUGACCGGAACCCACCAGAGGUUCGCUGGAAGCUGUCGAGCGCCGAGACCUACUCCCGAAUGAGGCUGAAGCUGGUGCCCAACCUGAAUUUUGACCAACACUUGGAGGCCAGCGCCCUACGGGACAACUUGGGAGCCGACCAUCUCCACAACCCCACGGAGUCCCUCCCGCUCGCCAUGGCCAAGGAGGCCAAGGUGAGCGAGCUGGAGGAUGAUCAACUGGCCGAGGAGGACCUCCCCGUCCUGGACAACCAGGCUGAGCCCAAAGAACAGAACCAGCGAGAGAAGCUGGUGGUCUCGGAGGACUGCAUCGGCUAUGACUUCAAGCGCCCCUUGUCCCACCUGCGCGAGGUCCACCUGCGCCGCUACAACCUGCGCCGCUCCGCGCUCGAGCUCUUCUUCAUCGACCAGGCCAACUACUUCCUCAACUUCAAAAAAAAGGUGGUGGCACCUUCCCCAUGA